AUGAAAAGGCUACGAUUCGGGGCAAUUGUGAUUGUCGCGGUGCUAAUUAGUUGCCAAUCAGUGACUUGUGAUAGUGAGGAAACCGAAACCGUUACCGCCACCGAAACGGGAACGGUGCUUGAAAGUGUAACCGAAAGCAUCACCGAAACUGUGGAAUCUACGCAGACCACGAGCAGUCCAACCGAUGCAAUUUCUUUUGAUGAUGAACAAGUUACAAAAUUCUUCGAAGCGGUUAAACAUCAACUGAGGUGCGGAUAUCCGAAGUUUGGAAUUCCUUCGCUCGUACCUCUGAAGCUAUCUUACAAGUAUAAGACGACUCUGGAUUUUUUGAACCUAAGAAAAAUCCACGUAAGUGUUUCGAACUUCGUUAUCCAUGGAUUGGACAAUUUUAGUUGGAGAGCAUCGAACACCUCAUUUAGCCGUACCCAAGCUAAUCUCACACUGAACUUUCCCAACGUUACUAUUACGGCCAAUACAUCGCUAAAUGGAGCAAACGGAACUUCUCGAGUGUCGCUGUGCGACGUUCUAGUCUUCUUACAGGCAGAGUAUGAAGAGCAAGAUGAUUUACUGUACCUAACCGAGCUGGAUGGCGAUGUUUCGCUCAAAGCCGCUCAUGUGAAGAUAGCUCAUCUCUUCCCGAAGAGUGCAAAACUGACCCGUAUCUGGAACAAAGCCAUCGGCGAUUCGGUGCCCGUCGUUGUGCGGUUGUUCACCACCCGGAAAAUCAAUGCUGAUUUCAUCAACCGAAUCAUCAGCGGAUCCAAAUACUACGCCCUGAACACGGCCAACAACGCACUUACCUCGUACAAACUGAACUUUGACGGAGCCGUCGACAGCUUUAAGAAGUUUGCGGAGCAAACCAACGACUCGCUUAUGUGCACGGAGGAUGAGCCGACUGCAGAGUCCCGGGAGUUUUGA